UAAUAGUAUAAGUCAGUCCACUAAUUUUAUAUAGUUAAUCAAAGAAAUUUUUAAUAUUGUCUAUUUUUUUGAAGCGAAAUUCUUUUAAAUUAAUUAUUUAAUAAAAGUGAAUACGAUGAUCUACAUAAUACUAGCUUCAAUUGUUUUUGUCAGUAUUAAUGAAUAUCGAUGUUGCGGUCCAGCCGGUACUACAGAGAACUCCUGCAAUGAAUGGAAUAAAGUGUCUUACACUGGAAAUUUUGCAGAAAAAUUGACUACAAUUGCAAAGCCUCCAGGAUUUUUCGAUGGAGUAUCGACAUUUUUCACCCAGGAGUUAUUCAAAAAUCCCACAACAGUUAAAGAACAAAAAUAUAACCUUUUGAAGUAUUAUGUUUCUUUUGGAGUGGAUUUAAUGCAGCUAAAUGCCUAUGAAAUGAUAAAUAACGAUCUUCUUAAGGAUCAAAGCAAAUCCCUUUACAUUUUGUAUGCGGAAGCAAGCUAUGUAGUUUCAAAAUAUUAUUACAGACAGUACAAUUAUAAAAAAGGAUUAUUGUUCAUCAAUGAAGCUAUUCAUAAAAUAGAACAUUUGCCAGGAGAAGACUUUACUUCAUAUGAACUUAGUAUGUGGCUGGCAUAUUUGAGAGACAGUCAAAUUCAAAUUGUACAAGAACUUGAAAAUUAUCACGAAUCUAUUAGUUACAUAGAUGGUCGUAGAAACGAAAAUUACCAAAAAGCUGUAGAGUUGUAUGAACAUUAUUUAUCAGAACCAAACUCGAAAUUGGAUGGUAAUAUGGAAUUUUUAAUCGGAAAAGAAUUACUUAAGUCUGUUGAUGCGCAUUUGCCAUUGGCUCUUCACUAUUCACUAGAGAGUAUAACAGAUAAUAUUGAUAAAGGAAUAAAAUCAUUAAGAAAUUAUGAUACACUACCCGAAGCAAACAAUCUUAUUGAAAGUCGAUUCAUUUUAGGAAAUAUUGAGAUGAAAAUAGGUAAAAAAGCAGAAGCUAAAAAAUGGUUCCUAAAAGCAAUUAAGUCACCCGUAAAGAAUAGUCAGGACAGAGCAAUUAACUAUGAAGUAAAGAAAACAUUUGAGAGAUUCUAUUCAGAUUUUUGGCCUACCAGUGAGAGAUAUUCAGAUUAUGAAAAUCAAGUGUUCAGUAGACUUGAUACUAAAAUAAUAAAAAAUUAUAGUAAUUUUUGGCCUAGUUUAUUAAAAAAAGAAAAUUUUAAUCCACAAGCAAUAUAUGACUUUGUUAGGACAGUGACGCUUUAUAAUUCAAUGUACAUUAAUGAACAAAAUCCAAAUAGUGCUACUGAAGAUUUGAUAAAUGAAGGCAUUAGCGCAUUAAAAAAGAUUGAACACCUUGCCCCUUCACGUGAUUAUUACAAGUGGUUAACAGUGCUAUCGGGAGCAAAAUGCUACAAUGCAUCAAAGAGUAGAGCUAAUCUGGAAUUAAGAACAAAUCUUAAAAAUGCUAUUUUAUUAGAUUCUGAUAAUACCGAUCCACAUUUAACUUACUUGUAUGGAAAAUACGUAUGUCAGACUAGUUUAAAUCCUGAUGGCACUGAUAUAGUAUCCAAUGUUGGGUGGAAUUUUAAAUCUGAAAAAAAAGAACAAAAUAAAUAUUUGAAUUCUUGUAUAAAACAAAUGGAAAAAUUAGAUAAUGUUGUAUCUCCAUAUAUUAAUGUCAUUGAUAAGAAUAAACUUCUGGCUGAAGCUUAUUGGAAUAAAAAUCAACAUGAAAAGGCAAUAAACUUACUUGAAAAAACUAUUUUUAUAACAUCUGUUGUAAGCGCCGAGGAUAGAUGGUAUAACUUUUUAGUACAAGAGCUUUUAGGACAUUAUCAAGCUGAAAAAUUUAAUGAACGAAGACAUAUUAAUCCAGCCAAAAGUAUCCAUCAAAUAAAUUUAUCCACACCGAUUUAGAUAAUAUAUAAAAUAAAUUUUAAGUAUGAUAAUAUUAAAUUUUGAAUUGAAUUUUAUAUAAAAAUUAAAUUUCUGAUUGUAAAAUAAAAUUUAUGUAAAAUUGAAAAGCUGCACUUUUGUUAAUUUAAAUUUUUAACAUAUAUGUUAUUCAAUCUAUUACUAUUGUUUGCUAA